GAAAACUAUUUUGUAAUGCUACUUAAAUUUAUUAACUUAAUUCCUCUGACUAAAUAGUUGUCUAAGUUGUUCUUGCUUUAUUCAGUCUCGGACUAUUAAACACUCAGACAAAUUAACUAUUUCGGUAGCGAACUCAGGGAUGCUUUUUAUUGGGUAAACGAUAAGAAGAAGAUUAAAGCAGAGCAUUUUCCAAUUUAAAAAUCUAAAAUAAAUAAAAGCAUGGAAUCGUUUACUAUGAAAGUGAACCUUACUAACUUCUUCAGCGACGAGCGUCAGCAUGCAUUGAUAUUGAUCGACAGCGCAUGGAAAAAUAUAAAGGAUGUGCAGCAGCACAUUCAGAUCCUGUUUAAUUUGAAGGAUAUACGUUUGCUAACCAAUUCUGGAUACUUUCUGCCGCCUAUGGAGUCUCUGAGGGUGCUCAAAGAUGCUGGUGGAUUGAAGGCCUUCACAUUUAAUGAACCACCACCCGCCAGCGUUGAGGGAGGAUGCAAAAAGACUGGCAAUAAGCGGAAGAAAUCGUUCGUGGAAACCGAGAGCUCACACCACAGCCCCCCUUUGGAUCAGCCAAAGCGUUCUAAGCACAGAAAUAAAUCGACUUUGCAAGUAAUUACACUGAAUGGCACAAAUGAUGACAAGGUGACCCCCGUUUUGGGAAAUUCAUUAGUUGCCUGCAACAACACCACUGAAGCCGAGGCGCCACUCUCCAACUCCACUCUGAAUGCGUCAAAGCGUUUUAAACAGAGAGACAAAUCGACCUUGCUUCAAAUUCCUCCAAAUAGCGCGAAUGAAACCCAGAGGCCAAUGCCCCAAUACAGUCCCGAAUUAGAUAAUUCAAAUUCAAAUGACGAUGACAACAGCAAAACUGAACCACCAGUCGAAAGCCUAUCUAAAACUGGCAAUAUCCUUGGAUCCGAACAUCAGAUAAGCCGUUCCAGUCUUCAAAUUGUUUUGGGACCAACCCAGCCAUCCGAGUCACAAGAGCCAAAAUCUAGAGCAAAAGAAAAUAUUUCAACAUUAUUGGUGCCUGAACCGACGCCAAUUGCGUUUCGUUGUCCGCUUAUGGAGCUGGACUCCAACAAAGUACGCACAUAUAAAAUUUCAUUUAAAGCAAAAUCCGCGCAAGAUAUUCCCAGAAAAUUGCAGGAAAAGCAAACAGAUUCCGAUGAACACAUCCAAUUGGCUACUUCCAAAGCUGCCACGCAGGAACCUGCACUAUUGGGCGACCCCUCCGAAAAUACAACUAUAGUUGACGCUGGAGCAGAAACGGAAACAGAAGCUGUGGCACCCUCAGUAGAUGUGAAAAUGGUUCCCAGACGUGUUUGUGCCGAGACUAUAAAUUGUGAUUCCGAGGACGAUGUCAUGGUGCUGGACGACACUAAUGUGGAUGUAGAUUCGGAUGUAGAAGUGUCCCAAGUUGUCACAAGUAAGGACUGUCAGACUAAUGAUUCUAUGAUGGAAAUAUUUGAGAAUGCAUCUCCGCUAAAGGAUUUGCCAAAAAGGGGUGACACAAUACUAUUCAAGCUAAGGAAAAUCAAGGGAUCAAUGGGCUCUGGACUAACCGGAGUUAUAACUGCCAGCUGUACCUACAUCAAUCGCCGCACGAAAGCCGUUUCAAUGGAAGUGAAAUCAUCUCCUGCUGGCAUCAGCCAUGUACUGAGUCAGUACUCAAACAGUUUAGACGACUCAUGCGAAGAGAUGCCCUCGUUAAUGGUCAAUAUGUCAGAUCUGAUUGAAGCAAAGCGCCCCAAAUAAUGUUAAAAGCAUUUACAUACAUUCUGGUGUUCUAUUUUCAUAGCUUUGUAAAUUAUAUAAACAAUCAAAUAACAUGCAAAUGUA